CUAAUGUUUGUUCCUCGACACAACAGUCUAGUUGUAAAUCGCGAUGAGGCUCGUGCUGUAUUAUUUUAUCUCUCGGGUUUGUUUUUAAAAACAUUUGUGGUUGUGUAAAAAUAUAAUAUGUGUUAUAACACGGGACAAUCUUAAAUUGAGUGUGUUGGAUUAUGUAUCGUGUACCAAUGGUCUUAAAAUUAAAACUUCAUUAUACAUUUUGCAACUAGGAUGAAAGAACCCACGUAGUCAAGGAAAGAUUUUUAACUAAUUACUUACUAUUAAUGAGUGCUGAAGAAAAAGAUGCAUUGGUCUACCGAUCACUCUCCGUGCCGAACAUCUCACCUUCCAGAAAAUUUGAAAAACUUUAUAUAAAUUGCAUCAAGAUUAACAGAAACACUAACCUUAGAAGACAGAUAAGUUGUGAAGUUGUUUAUGAUAAAAACAGCGGUACAAAGGAGUCCACUAUAAGAAUUCUGGAUUCACCAUUAAAGUCACAAGGCAUUAAAGAAACAUAUUCUGUGGAAUUUGAAAGUAUGCCACCAGUUCUUAAUGAUAAUGUUGAUAAAUCGAUUCGGAGCUCCCAAAUAAAGAAAACCAAAACAUCAGUUAAUGAAAAAUGUACUUCUAAUGGAGAAGUUAAUACUGAAGUACAUCCUGAUACCUUGUUGUCAAAAAGGAAGGAAUUGGAAAAGUUCUUGAAGGAGCAGAGAGACUCUGCAACUAAAUCAAAAUCUGUUAAGAAUAAAACUAACAGUAAGUCCUUUUUAAUUACUUCAUUGUUAAUCGGUUUGAUGUCAGUGGGAGCUUAUCUUGUUCUCUAUUAUUAUAAUUACUACAACUAUCUGCCAUUGUGUAAAGAUAAGACAUUGCAAUUGCAAAACAUUAAAAAAGACUUGCUUGAGAAGGUCACUGGUCAAAAGAAUGUUGUGGAUACAAUUAUUUCUUCAUUUGAUGACAUGGGUGUUUGGGCACAGCAUAUUAAGGUUGUCCCAUUCGUGGGAAGUACAGGAGUUGGAAAAACCUUCAUUGCAUCUCUCAUAAAACAGCAUUUUGUUAAUCAGUACGUUUAUGAAGUGAGAUACACUAAUUUGCUGUUAAAUAUUGAUAAACUUAACUCUGACUGUUGUAAUUUACUCAUUAUUGAUAAUUUACUAGCUUCUGAUGUAGAGAGGGUUAUUGAUUUUAUUGGUACUUUGCCUAAAAAUGUUUUUAUAUUUGUAUUGCCAAUUUUUAAUGUACAAGGCAAACCGAACAAUUUGGAUAAGAGACUGAAUGUUGAUGACAUAAAGCACAUUGAAAAGAAACUUUCUGAAUCAAAUCUAUAUUAUGAAAUUGCCAUGUUUAAUUUUUUUACUGAGGGAGAAGUUAAUGAUUGGUUAACAAAAGAAUUAAAAAAGUACAAAUUAGAUACUGGAAAUGGUGAUACUUUAAUUAAAAGACUAAUUUCUGAGACUGAUUUUAUUCUGAAAGGCCUGAAAGGGUUGCAUAAAGAAAUAUUUUUAGAAUUAGGGAAAUUUUAUGGCAAAGACUGAGUUAGGAUAAACAUUUGAGUGAAGAGAUUUUCUAUUUUAUUAAGAGUAUUUUCAUACUGUCGGAAUGUUUUCUGUUUUUUUUUUUGUAUG